AUGGAACCCCCGCAUGAGCCUGGGCUUUCUGGGCUUCUAUCGAGACAAUUUAAGCGAUUUGCAACCUCGGUGGCUAUUAGAGACGAUGAGUGCCAUCUUUCGUAUGCUCAGCUUCAUGCAAAAGCGUUGAACCUGGUUUAUCAGAUCCGAUGUUUACAAGUGCAGCCCGAAGUUCCGAUUGGGAUCCUCUCACCGCGAGGUAUAAAUCAUGUUGUGUCGCAGAUCGCUGUCAUAUAUGCUGGGGCGACGUGUGUUCCGUUAGACGUGAACCAUCCUGUGCAGUACUUGGCUAAUCUAUUGAGGAAUCUCGAUAUCUCCAUUCUAUUGACCGACAAAGCCAAUUCGCACCGACUGGAAGCCCACGGAUUUAGUCAAAUUGUGGUGGACCACAGGUCGAUGCUCACCUUAGUAUGUGAGGAGCUCGGGUAUGAUGUGAUUGAUCUACAGCCAUCGCAAUAUCGAUCACAUAUCUUCCAUACGUCUGGUUCAACGGGUCGUCCAAAGCCUGUACAGGUGCUCGCCAGAGGAAUCAUCAACUACUGCCUCAAUGAAACGUUUGUUCCGGUCCAUGAGGGCCAGCAAUUUGGCCACCUUAGUAAUGUCACGUUUGAUGUGUCUAUCAUGGAGACACUGGGAUCGUUUCUCCGCGGUGCUACGGCAGUAGUGCUAGAUCGUGACACGGUGCUUGAUCCCGCUAGGUUGGUGAAACGUAUACGGGAAGAUAAGAUCGAUGUACUCUGGCAGACUCCAGCGCUAUUGGCUACAACGAUAAAUGCCUACCCACAAGCAUACAUAACAGUUGACACGCUUCUUACCGGUGGAGAGGUGGUAACGGCUCAACUGGCGCGAAAGGUCUUAAUAUAUGGCCCACCGAAGCGGCUGUUAAAUCUUUACGGCCCCACAGAGUGUACUAUGUUCUCAACAUUCCAUAACAUCUCAAUGGACGAUGUGGAAAGGGGUAAUAUUUCUAUCGGGAAGCCGAUGGACGGAUACGAGGUCAUAGUAGUGAAUGACAACCUCGACGUCUUACUGCAUGGAGAAGUUGGGGAAUUGGUAAUCGGUGGUAAAGGAGUCGCAGGAGGAUAUCUCAGCGAGUCCAAAAAGCCCGGUAAUGCAUUUAUCCAGCUAGGGCACUUUUGUCCCAAUCAACAGGUGUAUCGAACAGGAGAUCUUGGACGGUGGAAUUCAGCUGGGCUGCUCGAAUUUGUGGGUCGACGUGACAACCAAGUCAAGAUACGAGGUCAUCGUAUCGAGCUUGAAGCAGUCGAGGCCAUCCUGAUGGCGACAGGGUUAGUUUCGGCGGCAGCAGCCGUAAAGAUAGACGUAGAUAGUAACAGUGACGCCGAGUCGAUUUUGCUAGCGUGCGUGGUACCCAUUUCCGAGGAUACGAAUCCAUUGACCAUCAGGCAGGCCUACACCAAGAAUGCACCUUAUCUCAUGCUGCCGCGUUUGGAAGUAGUAGGCCAUUUGCCUCUAACAAAUACCCAUAAGAUCGAUCGUCGGAAGUUGGUUGAGCAAUACUCCGAGAGGAUAGGGCAAAAAAGAACAUCACCAUUGCAUGAGCCACUAUCGCCGAUUCAGCAAAUUGUGGCGGAUGUAUUUGGAUCGCAGAUGGGACCAGAAGACAACUUCUUUGUAAUGGGCGGGUCCUCAUUGCAUGCAGCCCGCCUGGUAUCUCGCGUGAAGGAGGAUCUCGGUGUCCAGCUACGGAUCGCGAUGGUAUAUGAACACCCAACUCAACUAGAACUCGUCAAUCUUAUCGAGUCGCUGCGAAAGGGUGAGGUGUGGACAGACAAGAAUGAGACUCUUUGGCAGCCAGACCUGAAUCUCGGGAAAGACAUGCGGCCAAUACCUGGCGAUAUAGUGGACUGGACGACGCAAAGCGAAGGGCGCGUUUUCCUCACCAGAGUAACGGGGUUCAUCGGCAUCUUCCUACUAAAGGAGCUGCUCCUUCGGUCAAAUGUUCAGCGAGUGGCAUGCUUGGUACGUGCUACAGACGAGCUGGAAGCCGUCAAGCGCAUCCUCAAGGCAUUAGAUCUGUAUGGGCUCCGACCUUCUCACAUGGAAAAGAUCUGGGCCAUUCCAGGAGACUUUUCUAAGGAAAAUUUAGGUCUCGGUGGCGAAGUGUAUGAUUAUUUUGCAGAGUGGGCGAGCAUCAUCUUCCACCUAGGAGCACGCGUGAACUGGAUCGAGCCCUACGAAGCUCACCGUCAAGCGAAUGUCCUAGGACUGUUGAACAUGAUUCAAUUCGCAAACACAAAGCGUCCAAAGGCUAUCCAUUAUGUUUCAAGCACCUCUGUAUAUGGUCCCACAGGGCUUUUGACUGGGGCGACGUACAUCCCGGAAGAUGAAAAUCCAGAAUUCCAUCUCGCAGCUUUGAAGUACGACACCGGAUAUACGCAAAGUAAAUCCGUUGCCGAAGUUAUUGCGUGGAAUGCGAUCGCCAACGGUCUAGCCGUGACCAUCCACCGUCCUGGUUUUGUCCUUGGUCACAGCGAAACAGGGAUUGGGAAUUCCGAGGAUUUCUUCAGUCGCGUAGUCCCUAGUUGUGUGGGCAUGGGUUGUUAUCCUGCACUCUCCGAGCACCGCGAUGCCUUCGUGUCAGUAGACUUUGUUGUGUUAGCGCUGUUACACAUCGCAUCAUCGGAGAAGUUCUUCGGUCGAGCUUACAACCUUGUCGAGCCUCACGGGGAUGCCAUGAUUUCCCUCUCAGAGAUUUUCGAGGGCAUAAGCGCAGCCCUUCCAGCAUGCUCCUUGAUCGAGGUUCCAUACGGAGAUUGGGUGGGAAAAUGCCAGUCUCGAACUUAUGCAAAGACUCAGCAUCCCUUGAAGCCACUCAUGCCCAUGUUGGAAGAAACCGUCCUGGACAACAAGACACGUUGGGAACUGCAGGCGAGAAUGCCAGUCGUCGGUACGGAGAGCCUGCGGAAUGCCCUCAGGGCGAGUCCCAAUCUCCUUUGCUUUCCGACGAUACGGACCCUUUUACCCAAGUAUAUUCGACACUGGCUUGAGAUGGCGCAAGGGGUAACGUACAAUAAGAAACCCCUCGAAAACGGUCAGUGCUCACCGGAAAUGAAGGAAAGACGCUCUAACUACAUUGAGAACAUUGGAAGACAAGGCCAAAUGGGUCUAGACCUUUAA